AUGGAUUCGCAGCCUUCCCUUCAGGGAAGGUCGUCACUGGCUGAGUCGUCUACGGCUACAACUUCGUCCUCCGCCCUCCCUACCAAUAGCAGGACCAAAUCUUCACUGGCUAAAUCACUGUCCGAUGCUAGCAGCCAGAGCCUCUCGUCAAUCCUCAACAAUCCGCACGUCGGCAAGUCCGGCGUCUACGGCACCGAUGCGUCAUGGGUGGGCUGGUGGUCCUCCUCUUCCACCGCCGUAGCGCCGCCGGAAUUCACGCCAUUGAUCUCCAGCAAGGCGGCUUCCGACGUGUCGAGAUCCGAUUUCCAGAGCUACCUGUCUUCUAUAUCCGAGUUCUAUAACCGGUUCGAGGACAUUAGGAACCAUACCACCAAAGAGGAGACUCUUAAGUUGGAGAGCAUUGGGGGGCAAGGGGAGGCGCUCGUAGCGUGUUUGAGGGAGGUUCCGGCGCUCUACUUCAAAGAGGAUUUCGCUUUGGAAGAUGGGCCAACGUUCCGAGCCGCCUGUCCUUUCACCAAUUUCUCGGAGAACUUGGUCUUACAGGAGAAGCUGUCGCAUUACUUGGAUGUGGUGGAACUGCACUUGGUGAAGGAGAUAUCGCUUCGGUCCAACUCUUUCUUUGAGGCGCAGGGAGAGUUGCAGGAUCUUAAUGUGAGGAUAGUGGAAGGUUGUAGCCGGAUUCGGGAGUUGAAGGAGAUCAUAAGACUUCUGGAUAAGGAUUUGGUAGAGUCCGCCAGGGAAAUUCAGGAUUUGAAUGGUACCAGGGGCAAUAUGUUGGCUUUACAACACAAGUUGAGGGUUAUACUAUAUGUUAACCAGGCUCUUUCUGCUCUUAAAUUGCUUGUUGCAUCAGGAGAUUGUGCUGGUGCUUUGGAUGUUACUGACGAUUUGCAGCAAUUGUUGGCUGGAGAUGAACUAACUGGUCUUCAUUGUUUCCGUCACCUUCGUGAUCAUGUGACUACUUCAAUAGAUUCUGUGAACAGCAUUCUUUCCUCCGAAUUCUUGCGUGCUUCAAUACAUGAUGCUGGGGAUAGAGAUGUGAUUAUUUUGUCCAAAGCCAAAUCUUGGGCUUCCAGUCUAAUGAAUGGUAAAGUUGACGAGGUUAAGUUGGAUGAUGAAGAAACUUCUAAUUUCCGAGAACGUCUUCUUCCAAUAGUUGUUGGGUUGCUGAGGACAGCUAAGCUCCCAUCAGUUUUGAGAAUAUAUCGCGACACCUUGACUGCUGACAUGAAAACUGCCAUUAAGAAUGCUGUUGCUGAGCUUCUGCCAAUUCUCGUGGCAAGACCUCUGGAGUCAGAUUUCACUCCUGUAGAGCGAACAGUAGAUGCUGAUGGUGGAGGUUUAUCUCUUGCAAGCAAGUUAAGGAGCUUGACAGCUGAAAGUUUUGUUCAGAUUUUGGGCGCUAUUUUCAAGAUUGUGCAGGCUCAUUUGAUGCGUGCUGCUGAAGUGAAACGAGCAAUUGAAUGGAUUAUGAACAACCUUGAUGGACAUUAUGCUGCUGAUUCAGUUGCUGCUGCAAUUGCAGUUGGCUCCGCUGCUGCAGAAGCAGCUCAAGGGAAUGAUAGUCAAGAUGGUUCACUUUUUCCAUUUCCGACCCAGAAGAGUUCCACUAAGAUGCAAUCAUCUCAAGGGAAAACAAACGAUCCGGGGACUGCAUCAAGUAUGUCGAGGAGUUUCAGAGCUGAUGUGUUGCGAGAGAAUGCUGAGGCUGUAUUUGCCGCAUGUGAUGCCGCUCACGGAAGAUGGGCAAAACUCCUUGGAGUUCGCGCCCUUCUUCAUCCUAAGUUGAGAUUGCAAGAAUUUUUGAGCAUCUACAACAUCACACAAGAAUUUAUAUCUGCCACAGAAAAGGUUGGUGGAAGAGUGGGAUAUAGUAUUCGUGGAACAUUGCAGUCUCAGGCCAAAGCAUUUGUUGACUUGCAGCAUGAGAUGCGGAUGACAAAAAUUAAGGCUGUACUUGAUCAAGAAACAUGGGUGGAAGUAGAUGUUCCUGAUGAAUUUCAGAGCAUAAUUACUUCGGUGUUAUCUUCGGAAACUCUGGUGUCUGCGGAACUAGAUACUUCACAGGCCGAUAUAACAGCUAGCCACCCUUCUGCAAGCACUGAUGGUUCUGUUGUCCAUGUCAAUGAAACACUUGCAGCUCAAGAGCAACUUGUGAGAAAGGCUUCCGUUGAGAAGCUAAAUAAUGCUCAAGGAAAAUUGCAUCCAUUGUCCCAAACAGCUGAAAGUAACAAAACUGAUGUAGUGACAUCAUCAUCUCAGGGUAACAAUAAGAAUUCAAAGGAUCGUGGAAAAGUUGCUUCUCAAAAACUCUUUUACGAAGGUGUUGGCUACCACAUGGUUAACUGUGGCUUGAUAAUGGUGAAGAUGUUGUCUGAGUACAUUGAUAUGAACAACUAUUUGCCGGCAUUAUCUUCAGAAGUUGUACAUCGUGUUGUGGAGAUUUUGAAAUUCUUCAACACUAGGACUUGUCAACUUGUCCUUGGAGCUGGUGCCAUGCAGGUGUCUGGAUUAAAGUCCAUUACUUCUAAACACUUGGCCCUUGCAAGUCAAGUCAUCAGUUUUACAUACUCUAUAAUUCCUGAAAUCAGGCAAGUACUUUUCCUUAAGGUCCCUGAGACACGGAAGGACUUGCUGGUAUCAGAGAUAGACCGGGUCGCACAGGAUUAUAAAGUACAUCGAGAUGAAAUACAUACAAAGCUGGUCCAGAUAAUGAGAGAAAGGUUGUUUGUACAUCUACGAGGGUUGCCGCAAAUUGUGGAGGGCUGGAACAGACCAGAAGAUGCUGAUCCACAACCUAGUCAGUUUGCUCGAUCCCUUACCAAGGAGGUUGGCUAUCUUCAACGUGUUCUGUCAAGAACUUUGCACGAGUCUGAUGUCAAAGCGAUUUUUAGGCAAGUUGUUGUGAUUUUCCACUCUCAAAUUUCUGAGGCUUUUUCACGGCUAGAAAUCAGCACUCCACAAGCGAAGGACAGGCUUCAUAGGGAUGUUGCUCAGAUUCUUGGAUGCAUUAGGUCAUUACCUUCUGAUAAUAACUCGAGCGGUGAAUCCAGUACCCCUAAUUGGGGACAACUUGAUGAAUUCUUGGCACAGAAGUUUGGAGCAGAAGCUGAUUGA